AUGGUUGCGCGAGUGUGCCGUCAACCCCCCUUCCUUUCUUUCUGCUCCCCCCGAAGUUGGAGCUUCUCUGCAGAUCUCGUGAGAGGGCAACGCCUCUCUGAUCGGAUCCGCUGCGGGAGCCGUCAGGACAAUUUGGUGACCAACCGCAACAGGGUGAACAACUUGCAGAGUGCUGCCGAUUGUGAUGCGACGACAAUCGAGUGCCAUUGGGCUGUUCUGGUAAGACCGUCUUUUUUCGCCAAAGAAACCUCUGGUGGGCGAUCAGAACUGCCUGCAAAGCCCAGGGGGGAUGAGGGAAAGCAGAGCUUGCCGGACGCGAAAAAGACGGACGGUCCAGCUGUCUUAUUCAAUUUCACUCUGUUAUGUCAAGCAGACCCGCCGAAUUGCAAAUUGGCUUGGCAACAGAGGGGUCUCAGCACUCUUGGACUCAGACGUCGACCACCAACAAUGACAACUGUCGUCGACGCUGUUCAGAGCUUCCCAGGUCUGUGUGGCCUGCUUGUGCCUUCUGCUGUCAGCAGUCCUGAGAUGGACGAUAUCACCAAGGACUUCACUGCCGAACAGGAGACUAUUCUCGUUGAACCAGGCGAGAGCAACAUGAACGGCAUAUCCACUACCUCAGAGUCCCGUCACGCAGCUGGCGCCGGCUCGAUUGAUACAACACUGCAGUCCACCCUGAUGGAGGCCUCCAAGGGUGUCACGGAGGGCACCAAUGCCGAAUAUAAGAGGUGCGACUCAAUCAACCUCGAUGGCACACCCAAGCUAUCUCAUGUCGAGCAGGGCACCUAUGGCCAUGCACAGAAGAUGCGGGCGUCCAUGAUGUACGCGUUUGGGAGGCUCAAUGGUCUGGGCAAUCUGACAUGGCACGAGUCGGAUAUUGGGGGUGGGCUGAUGGUCGGAAACCCUUCCAUUUCCAUUGAGGUAUCAUCCUAUAUGUGCUCGCUCCGCAGGCGCAAGGUGCAAGCGGGCGAGGCUGCAAACAGUGCGCGGGCCAUCACCUCAGAGAUAUUGCUAAAGCUGUAUCAUUACAACCACCGCCCUGAAAAUUGGACCAUCCGUGCCUACCAACCUGGUGAGCGUGUGCGCGGCAGUUCUGGGAAUGACCCGAGUCGAUGGGGUGGUGGACGUGUACGGCGGCUUCUGUCAGCUGCCUACACUGUAGCAUUCAUAUGCAUGCUUCGUUUCGACGAGGUUCUGAAGAUCCAGGUGCACGAUCUUCGUGUGCAUGACACCCAGGUAGCGCUACACCUUCCCUUUCGCAAAACUCAUCAAAACGGCGACAUCAAGCCAUUUCACCUCUGGCCCUUUUCGUCGUCCGAGGCACACCUCUGCCCAAUUGCUUCGGGCGACCGAAUUACAGAGGCCAACAGUCCCAUGUCCUCCGAGCAAUUUCUGGAGCUUUUUCGGAACAAUCUACUUGAUGUCGACAUUGACCCUACUCCAUACGGCACACAUUCAUUCCGGAGGGGGGGGUGCCAGUUUUUGCAUGUCGAGAAGCGCUGGUCUCUGUGGAGAAUCUGUGAGUGGGGAGGGUGGAGCGUGGAAUUUACGAACAUGACAAUCGUGAAGUAUCUCAUUUCUUCGAAUGAUGAUCCUACUGAGCCAAGGGAGCAAUUUCUGAACCCCAAUAGACAGCUGAUGCUUCCGAAUCACGAUGGAGAAUAUUCACUCCAAGACCUACUCACUCCAUCCUCAUUGUCUUUGCUCCGCGUGGGUCUUACAUUCUCAUCAGCCGCAAAGAGGAUGCAGCGCGAGAUGUGUCAGUAUCUAGAGCGAGGACAUGGUCAAGAAGGAUUUCAUGGAGCGCGAGAUGUGUCAGUAUCUGGGAGCGAGGACAUGGUCAAGAAGGAUUUCGUAGGUCAAGGACCCAAGUUAUUCAACAUCGACGUCUCCAGCAUCAACGGCAUCUCCUCCAACGCUCCCAGGUAUGGAGGAUUGUAUGGCUCGCAUCGUUUCAGCUUCGUCUUCACCAGGUAUCCCAAAACACGAGCCAGUACCAGUACCACCACCAUCAAAGCACAAGAUGUUCGCGUUCGCUUCACCAGCUGUCUGGUGAAGGCGGCUCAUUGAGUGCAUUGUGGUUUUUGUUGCAUUUUUCUUCCUGCCACUUAUACACUCACUUUUGCUCGUCUUGAUGACACCACUAA